AGCCCUACCACCAUCUCGCUAUGUCUGAACGCGCGAAAAGCAAGGCUACAUCGUCUCAGCCUGCCCUGAUCACGCCGUCUGCAUCUCCUUCAUCCCCUCGCCCUACAGACGUCCCGUCUCAUCAUGACCCAGAUAGGCCUCCGCCUGCGAAGCGACCACGACACGCCUCAACUCCUCUGAGCGCGUUUUCAGUGUCUACCGCCUCUUCUUCUAGAAUCGACCCCUCAGAUGAUAUAGAAGAGAAGAAGAAGGCCUCUCUGCAACGCCUUCUCAAUACAUGGACUCAGUUGGCGGAAAGGUACAGCCGCCCUUUGGACGAGGACGACAUCAUAGAUCUCCGAGAUGGUUCACUAUUCAAGGAUCGGGGUGUACUGCGAAAUUUAUCCAAGACAUACGAAGUAGGCUGCUUCAUUGAGGACGAGAUACUUCAAGAUGCUAUUGACGGCAGCAGUGAUGGUGGAGGAGCAUUGACAGAGGAUGAGGUCGAUGAGAUCGACGCAUUUGCUCCAGAGGCAAACAUUUCAGACGAGCUGGAACUUGAGAAGGAGAAACUUCAAGUCCCACCUGUGCGCGAAAGGGAUCCUGCCGAUGCGGAGGACCUGCGCGAGUUCCUGGAGGCGGAGCAACAACGGAGGGAGCAAUUUGGCGACGUAGAGGAAGAUGAUGGGGACGAGAUACGUUCAAGACCUGUCUACAGGAAAAAUACUCAUCGAGACCGAUCAGGAUCUCGUGAAGAUCCCGAAUAUAUUGUCCGAAAAAACAGCGACCGUGCUCGAUCAAAGUCCGUCGUGGAGAAGCGCAAGGAUGACCGUAGGGAUGUCAAGGGCAACGCGGUCGCUAGAGAAUCUUCCCCUCUUACCGCCGUAGACGGCGACUCGGAGGACGAGUUUGCGACGUGGGAUUUUGAUCAGUCUACUCCUGCGAGACCGGCGGCCUCGUCAUUGCAUGCAACGCCGAGAAUCAUCGACCUCACCGACUCGCCUCCAUCCUCUCCUCCGGCCCCACCUGUUAGACGAGGAAGAUCGAAGUCCGUUGCUCGUGCGGUAUCCAAGCCACCACCUUCACCACUUGCGAAGUCUGAGCCACGAGCCACAACUGAGGCUCCCGCGCGUCACCAGUGCAGCAUGCCGCCACCAUCACUUCCUCCGAUUCCGGCACUACAGCUUUUCACUCCCCCCUUAUCGUCAUCUUCUGUUGCGGAAGGCAGUCCGGACACUGUGCAGGUGCCUGAUCCCGAGCUGUCGUCACCAUCGCCGUCUCCGCCACCUCGACCGCCACCACGUCCUCGCUACCGAAGUUCGAUACCAACUACUUGUGCUACUGCCGCCGGUAUAUCCACAGUUUCGGGGAACGCUGGAACAAGGACUGCUCAUUUAUCCAACGACAGGACAAUGUCUGGAUCCAGAGCGUUGCCUAAAGUGGCCGUCACACGACGUUCAAAGACAGCAGCGCCGUUCAGAAGUACCAGUUCAAUCCAAUUACCUGCGUCCGUUUCUCGACAUUAUGGUGGAUCGUCUAACCCUCCAUCUACACACUCAUUUCCCGAAACGGCUUCACCUGCCAAAGGAAAAGGAAAGGAGAUCAGCAAACCCAGCACCUCUUAUGAUGUCUCCCAGGACGGGAAGGACUCUGCUACGGUGCGUUCCAUAAGCAAGAUCAGGAAAGACAAUUUGUUGGAGGAGCAACGCGAGCCACAGAGCCUAGAUGUGCAAUCGGCCCGGACUCGCAAACGAAAACGCAUUGUCUCAUCUCCGUCUUGGUCCGAGAAGUCUCUUGAGUGUAGUCCUAGCGUCUCCCCGAUCAUCUCUUCUCGCAGUGUUCACGACAGCGAGCCCGGACCGUCCGAGCGGGUCUCAUCGAGUAAUGGUCGGACGCGUAGAGCUGUCCCGCCAUCAAACUCGGAUCAUGAAAGUGAUGAGCAUGAACAUGAUGUGGGCCAGCAGAGACACGCCUCAUCUUGCGCUCCACACGCUGCUCCUUCUGGUCCUUUCUCCUUCAUGUUCGGGCCACCAUUUACACCUCAACAAGGCGAACGCCAAUCCGAGUACUCUCCUGCGAACGAUCCUCAAUGGCAGGCGCGGAUGGCGCAGGCCUUCCAGUAUUUCACUUAUUUUAUGAGCGCGGCGGCAGGUAUGCCCGCAGGACAGGGACCAUCUGGGGAGUUCCCUUUCCCAUCUCCUUCAACUCCUUUUCAGUGGCCUCCGUGGACGCCAGCGAGUGGCCACCGGCAAUCGCAUCGCCGUCAACAUCGCGGCUCGCGAUCGCCGGAUGCUGGUCCUUCUGACCGCUCAUCGGUCUAUGCCACCCCGGCGCAUUCUUACUCGUAUUCGGAUCCAUUCACCAUGGGCCCGAACUACUCUGAAGGGACAUUGCCACCUUCUUCGCCUCCGCGAGACUCUUCUGGACCGUCAUCUCCACUUGAACCGACGUCGUCUGCUUCUCGAUAUCGCAGCAAGUCCAGAGGUCGUAAGGUGUCAUUCAAGCUUGAUGAUGAGAGUCGACCUGCUCCUCAAGAUGACGGCGACAGUGUCGACGGAGCUGAGUCUCGACGAUCGAUGACUCGCGAAAUCCGUGACAGCAGUCUGGAAAGUCGCUAUCUCACCAGGUCGAAGGAGAAGAGCCAAGGAAGAAACCCUACUCGCCAAACAGACCGCCGACUCGCGGAGACACAGAGGAAAUCGGAGAAAGCACGAGGGAAGGCUAAGGCCACAGUGGUGAGCGAUGGCAGCGAGUCGGAGUAUGCAAAGUCGCCGGGCGGAGGCAUGAAGAAAUAUGAAAGAGGACGUACGCCCGGCCCUCCUUCGCCACAGGAGAGGAGUGCAUCAGUAGUUGGUCGCAGGCGGAAGAGAUGAGUCCCAAGAGGGUAUGUUCUCCCUCAGGAACCAAUAUCCAAGAUUAUGUUCUGCACUAUUGUAAUGCUUUCGUUAGCUGUCCAAAGUUUGGUAUCUGUAUUAUGGCCGUCCUGUAAUACGCGUUGAUCACUGUACUUGUCUUCGCGGGCGUUUCACGGCUGGUCGCCGAACAAGCCACGUGCCAAAGGAAUUAAUGAUCGGGUUAAUAUGGAC